AUGGUCGGAGGUGGUGGCAGUGGGUGGUGGCGGUGGGUGGUGGCGGCGGCAGAGGUAGGUGGUGGCGACGACAAUGGUGGGCGUUACAGUGGAGGUGGGUGGCGGCUGACGGCGGAGGCGGAGUGGGUGGCAGCUGUGGCGCGGUGGUGUCGGGGGUGGUGGGUGGUGGCGAGUGACGGCGGGGGCGGAGGUGUGGAUGGUGGGUGGCGGUUGGUAGCGGCGGAGGUGGGUGACGACUGGGGUGGGGAUGGGUGGUGGCGGGAGACAGCUGGGGUGGAGGUGGGUGGUGGUGGUGGCGGCGGAAGUGGGUGA